UCUGCAGAGGCCCUGCAGCAGGAAGACCCAAGACCACCAGCGUCGCUCAGGCCGGUGAGGGUGCCUUCGCGCUCAGGGCGAGGGCUCCCAGGCCGCCAUGGCCCUCCCCCGGCUCCUCUGGGUGUGGCUGCUGGUCGCAGGGACUCAAGGCGUGAGAGACGGUGACAUGCGGCUGGCCAACGGGAGCCCUGCAGGCGUGAGAGACGGUGACAUGCGGCUGGCCAACGGGGACGCCCCCAACGAGGGCCGCGUGGAGAUCUUCUAUGGAGGCCGGUGGGGCACCGUGUGCGACAACCUGUGGGACCUGGUGGACGCCGGCGUCGUCUGCCGCGCCCUGGGGUUUGAGAACGCCACCGAGGCCCUGGGCAGGGCCGCCUUUGGGCCAGGAACCGGCCCCAUCAUGCUGGACGAAGUGCAGUGCUCGGGGACGGAGCCCUCGCUGGCCAACUGCUCGUCCCUGGGCUGGCUGCAGAGCAGGUGCAGGCACAGCCAGGACGCCGGCGUCAUCUGCAGCAACGAGACGGCCAGCACCCACACGCUGGACCUGUCCGGGGCGCUGCCCGCCGCCCUCGCGCAGAUCUUCGACAGCCAGCGCGGCUGCGACCUGUCCGUGGCCGUGAAGGCGGAGGGCGCCGAGCCGCUGAGCUUGUGCGCCCACAGCCUGAUCCUGACCAGCAACCCCGAGGCCCAGGCCCUGUGGACAGAGCCGGGCAGCUCGGUCACCAUGGAGGUGGACGCCGAGUGCCUGCCUGUGGUCACGGACUUCAUCAGGUACUUCUAUUCCCGGCGGAUCGCCGUGUCCCUGCCCACCGUGAAGUGCUUCCACCAGCUGGCCUCCACCUUCGGGGCCCAGCAGCUGCAGGCCUACUGCGCGGGCCUCUUCGCCUUCCUGCUGCCCCAGGACCUGUCCUUCCAGACGACCCUGGACCUCCACGCCUACGCCCUGGCCACGCGGGACCCCGCGCUGGAGGAGCUGUGCGUGCAGUUCCUGGCCUGGAACUUCGAGGCCCUGACGGUGGCCGAGGCCUGGCCACGCGUCCCCGCGGCCCUGCUCCGCGCCCUGCUCUCCCGGAGCGAGCUGGCUGUGCCCAGCGAGCUGGCCCUGCUGACGGCCCUGGACGCCUGGAGCCGGGAGAAGGGGGCCGCCCCCGGGGACGUGGAGGGCCUGGUGCGGGAGGUCCGCUUCCCCAUGAUCCCGCCCGAGGACCUCUUCCAGCUGCCGAGCAACCUGAGCCUGUACCGGAGCCACCGGGCGCUGUUCCAGGAGCAGACCCUGCGGGCCCUGGAGUUCCACACGGUGCCCCUGCCGCUGCUGGCCCAGCUCCGCGGCCUGAACCUCAGCCAGGACGCCUACCAGCCCCGGCUCUACACCGCGCCCACCUGGAGCUGGGCCGUGGACAAGAGCUCCCGGGCCUCCCGCCCUUAUGACUCGUACCGCUACCCCUACGGCUAUGACCCUUACGGCCGCUACGGCUCUACGUCUACGGGGUCCUUCCAGACGCCGCCACACCCCAGCUUCCUCUUCCGGACCAGCCGCGUCUCCUGGACCCUCGCCUACCUCCCCACGGUCCAGACCUGCUGGAACUACGGGUUCUCCUGCUCCUCCGACGAGGUGCCCGUCCUGGGCCUCUCCCAGUCCGGCUCCUCCGACCGCACCAUCGGCUACGAGAACAGAGCCCUGAUGCUCUGCGGGGGCCGCUUCGUGGCCGACGUCACGAGCUUCGAGGGCGGGAAGGCGCCGAUCCCCAGCGCCCUGGGCGCCAACAGCUCCCGGAGGGCCUCCUCCUUCCCCUGCCCCGCGGGGUCCUUCAGCAGCUUCCGGGGGGUCAUCCGCCCCUUCUACCUGACCAACUCCUCGGGGGUGGUCUAGCCAGGGGCUGCCCUCCCCCCAGGGGCGCCCCCCUCCCCUCCUCCCCCCAUGGGCACUGAGCACAGCUCCUUCCUCUCCGUAAGCAGCCACCUCCCACCCCGGCCUCCAGAUGUCCCCCUGCUCCCACUGAUCUCUCUGAGCUGAAGGAAAGCGCCGGAAGGUUCCAGUGGGGACUCACCCCAGCCGAGAAUCCCUAGUCCCCGCUGCCCACUGGUUGGGAAAUGGGGAGACGUGGGCCUCGUGGCCUCCGGGCUUUGCGCGCCGCCCUCCCGCUCAGUCCCGUCCGGUGAUUAAAGUUGCGCGGCGGUGCCGGCUCC